UAAUUUAACUUUACUUUUUUCCAAUAUUUCUUUCAAAUUCACGUAUAUUAUUGUUAUUAAAUUUCCUGAUAUAAGGUCAUCAAAACUGAGAAAUAUCUAUUUAAACUCGACUGAUCUCUCUCCAUCUCCAUGUGACUCACUUCCAAACUAGACAAUAACAUGAAAAGACAGAGUUUUAAGUUAUAAGAAUAGAAACUUCAAAAAAGCUGGCAAAAAGGAGAGAAAAAAAAAGCUUAGAUAAAGAGAGAUGGAGAGAGGAAAGAAACCUCAUGUAUUGGUAAUUCCAUAUCCAACUCAAGGCCAUUUAAACCCUUUAAUCCAAUUCUCUAAGUUCUUAUCCCUCAAAAGGACUUGACGUCACAGUAGCCGUCACCACCUUCAUCUUCAACACCUUCAAACCCUCCACCAAUGUCUUCUUCGAUUGGGACACCAUCUCCGAUGGCUUCGACGAAGGCGGGUUCGCUGAAGCCAACAGCAUCGACGAAUAUCUUGUUCGAAUCCAGACAAUCGGUGCAAGAACCUUGACUGACCUAAUCCACCGUCGCCAAGGCUCCAGCCGUCCAAUACACGGAGUCGUGUACGACUCCUUCAUGCCUUGGGCUCUAGAUGUCGUUAAGGACUUCGGCAUUAUGGCAGCGUCGUUCUUCACGCAGCCUUGCUCGGUCAACUUGAUUUAUUACUGUUUUCAUGAGGGGUUGUUGAGUCUUCCCAUUUUGGAUCAGGAGGAUUCUGUGGCUGGGCUGCCGCCGCUUCGGGUGGAGGAGAUGCCGUCUUUCAUCUCGACGCCGGAGUGUUACCCGAAUUACUUCGAGUUGGUGUUGAAUCAGUGGUCCAACACAAAGGAAGUGGAUUGGAUUCUUGUUAAUUCUAUCUACGAAUUUGAGCCAAAGAUCCAAAUAUCACAGGAAGCAGAUGAACUAUCAAAAAUUGGUCCAACACUAACGAUAGAACCAACGAUUCCAUCUUUCUACGUAGACAGCCAUGUCAUAGAUGACAAGAAAUACAAGUUAGAUCUCUUCAAAAUCGAUCCAGAGGAGGCAUCUUUAACAAGAAUGUGGCUUGAUACCAAACCAAAAGGCUAUGUUGUUUACGUGUCAUUCGGCAGCAUGGCCAACCUAAACAUAACACAAAUGGCAGAGUUGGCUAGUGGAUUACUUGAAAGUAACCACUACUUCAUCUGGGUGAUUAGGGAAUCAGAGAAGGCAAAACUCCCUACCUCCUUUGCGCCAGAAAAGGGGCUAAUAUUGCAUUGGAGCUCCCAACUAGAAGUGCUUUCACAUGAAGCAGUUGGAUGCUUCUUCGCACACUGCAGGUGGAACUCAACGCUGGAAGCUCUGUGUUUGGGCGUGCCAAUGGUGGGGAUGCCACAGUGGACCGAUCAGCCGAACAACGCCAAGUACGUGGAGGAUGUGUGGAAGGUGGGAGUGAGAGUGAAGGUGGGCGAGGAUGGGAUUGUGAGGAAAGAAGAGAUCAAAGGUUGUAUAAGAAGAGUGAUGGAGGGAGAUGGGGCCUCAGAGUUCAAAGAAAAUGCUUUGAAAUGGAAACAACUUGGGUUGAAAGCACUUGGAAAAGGUGGCAGUUCCAUGCAGAACAUUGAUCAAUUCAUUUCUAGCUUGACGGAGAAAAUUUGACUUGAUUAAGAACUAUAUAUAUAUCUUUUGUUAUAUAUUGCUUUAAAAUCUUUCACUUUUAUUUUAAUGCAUUGAUUUUCAAUUAUGUUUAUGUCAUUGAACACUUGGGUAGAUGAAAAUUGGAAUGUAUGUCAUAGUCAUAUAGAUAUGUUAAUCCUUUAUAUAUCCAAGGCUAAAUGUUUCUUUUAUUUUGUGUUGUUUCGAUGUCUUGUAUAAGCGUCCAUUCUCCAUUUUCCACCAGUAAGUGCAAUGUAUUCUCUUCUAGAAAGUGUUUGUUAUAUGAGGAAUUAAUCAGUGUGUGUUUAGGGUCAAAGAGUUUUUCAUCCUUACUUUUCUCUAUAUAUUUGGGAAAUAUUGUAUUCAUUAUCGAAUUAUAAUGAAAAUUUAGAAUUA